AGAGCUCCUUGUGCGGCGCCAUUUUAAGCCUCUCGGUCUGUGGCAGCCGCGCUAGCCCGGCCCCGGGACCGAAGAGCGAGGGGGAGGCGGAGACGGAGCAAGGUUCGAGGAGCCGCUCCGGUCCCGUCGAGCAGCCAACGCAGGCCGAGGACGGUCCGACUCCCGCCGCGGGAGGAGCCUGUUCCCCUGAGGCCCCUCCCUGGACACACACACACCCUCCCAGGAUGGAUGGAUGGACACAGACCACCGCCACCCCCCACUCCUGAGAGUAAAAGCAGAAAGGAAACUGGAGGUCUCUGAAGUACACCAUACUACCAUUUUGAAAAUCUUGCGUGGACAAUGGCUACCCAAGCUGAUUUGAUGGAGCUGGACAUGGCCAUGGAGCCAGACAGAAAAGCAGCUGUUAGUCACUGGCAGCAGCAGUCUUACCUGGACUCUGGAAUCCACUCUGGUGCCACCACCACAGCGCCUUCUCUGAGCGGUAAAGGCAAUCCUGAGGAAGAGGAUGUGGAUACCACCCAAGUCCUCUAUGAGUGGGAACAGGGAUUUUCUCAGUCCUUCACUCAAGAACAAGUAGCUGAUAUCGAUGGACAGUAUGCAAUGACUCGAGCUCAGAGGGUGAGAGCUGCUAUGUUCCCUGAGACGCUAGAUGAGGGCAUGCAGAUCCCAUCUACACAGUUUGAUGCCGCUCAUCCCACUAAUGUCCAACGUCUGGCUGAACCAUCACAGAUGCUGAAACAUGCAGUUGUAAACUUAAUUAACUAUCAAGAUGAUGCAGAACUUGCCACACGUGCAAUCCCUGAACUGACAAAACUGCUGAAUGAUGAAGACCAGGUGGUGGUUAAUAAGGCUGCAGUUAUGGUCCAUCAGCUUUCUAAAAAGGAAGCUUCCAGACAUGCCAUCAUGCGCUCUCCUCAGAUGGUGUCUGCCAUUGUGCGCACCAUGCAGAACACAAACGACGUGGAAACAGCUCGCUGUACUGCUGGGACCUUGCACAACCUUUCCCACCAUCGUGAGGGCUUGCUGGCCAUCUUUAAGUCUGGGGGCAUUCCUGCCCUGGUGAAGAUGCUUGGUUCACCAGUGGAUUCUGUAUUGUUUUAUGCCAUUACAACUCUCCACAACCUUUUAUUGCAUCAGGAAGGAGCUAAAAUGGCAGUGCGUUUAGCUGGCGGGCUGCAGAAAAUGGUUGCCUUGCUCAACAAAACAAAUGUUAAAUUCUUGGCUAUUACAACAGAUUGUCUUCAGAUUUUAGCUUACGGCAAUCAAGAAAGCAAGCUGAUCAUUCUGGCUAGUGGUGGACCUCAAGCGCUAGUGAAUAUAAUGAGGACCUACACUUACGAGAAGCUCCUGUGGACCACAAGCAGAGUGCUGAAGGUGCUGUCUGUCUGCUCCAGUAACAAGCCAGCUAUUGUUGAAGCUGGUGGAAUGCAAGCUUUAGGACUUCACCUGACAGAUCCAAGUCAGCGCCUUGUUCAGAACUGCCUUUGGACUCUACGGAAUCUUUCAGAUGCUGCAACUAAACAGGAAGGGAUGGAAGGUCUUCUUGGGACUCUUGUUCAGCUUCUGGGCUCAGAUGAUAUCAAUGUGGUCACCUGUGCAGCUGGAAUUCUUUCUAAUCUCACUUGCAAUAAUUAUAAGAACAAGAUGAUGGUGUGCCAGGUGGGUGGCAUAGAGGCUCUUGUGCGCACAGUCCUUCGUGCUGGUGACAGGGAAGACAUCACUGAGCCUGCCAUCUGUGCUCUUCGUCAUCUGACCAGCCGACACCAGGAAGCUGAGAUGGCCCAGAACGCCGUUCGCCUUCACUACGGACUACCUGUGGUGGUUAAACUCCUACAUCCACCAUCCCACUGGCCUCUGAUCAAGGCUACUGUUGGAUUGAUUCGAAAUCUCGCCCUUUGUCCAGCAAAUCAUGCACCUUUGCGUGAGCAGGGUGCCAUUCCACGACUAGUUCAGUUGCUGGUUCGUGCACAUCAGGAUACCCAGCGCCGUACAUCUAUGGGUGGAACACAGCAGCAGUUUGUGGAGGGAGUCCGCAUGGAAGAAAUAGUUGAAGGUUGUACUGGAGCCCUUCACAUCCUAGCUCGGGAUGUUCACAACCGAAUUGUUAUCAGAGGACUAAAUACCAUUCCAUUGUUUGUGCAGCUGCUUUAUUCUCCUAUUGAAAAUAUCCAAAGAGUAGCUGCAGGGGUCCUCUGUGAACUUGCUCAGGACAAGGAAGCUGCAGAAGCUAUUGAAGCCGAGGGAGCCACAGCUCCUCUGACAGAAUUACUUCAUUCUAGGAAUGAGGGUGUGGCAACAUAUGCAGCUGCUGUUUUGUUCCGAAUGUCUGAGGACAAGCCCCAGGAUUAUAAGAAACGGCUUUCGGUUGAGCUGACCAGUUCUCUCUUCAGAACAGAGCCAAUGGCUUGGAAUGAGACUGCUGAUCUUGGACUUGAUAUUGGUGCCCAGGGAGAACCUCUUGGAUAUCGCCAGGAUGAUCCCAGCUAUCGUUCUUUUCACUCCGGUGGGUACGGCCAGGAUGCCUUGGGGAUGGACCCCAUGAUGGAGCAUGAGAUGGGCGGCCAUCACCCCGGUGCUGACUAUCCAGUUGACGGGCUGCCAGAUCUGGGGCAUGCCCAGGACCUCAUGGAUGGGCUGCCCCCGGGUGACAGCAAUCAGCUGGCCUGGUUUGAUACUGACCUGUAAAUCAUCCUUUAGGUAAGAAGUUAAACAAGCCAGUUUGGGUAAAAUACUUUUACUCUGCCUACAGAACUUCAGAAAGACUUGGUUGGUAGGGUGGGAGUGGUUUAGGCCUAUUUGUAAAUCUGCCACAAAAAAAAGAUACGUACUUUGAAAGAUGUCUUGGAACAUUUGAAUGUUCUCAGAUUUCUGGUUGUUAGGUGGUCAUGUGUGGAAGUUAUUAACUUUAAUGUUUUUUGCCACAGCUUUUGCAACUUAAUACUCAGAUGAGUAACAUUUGCUGUUUUAAACAUUAAUAGCAGCCUUUCUCUCUUCAUACAGCUGUGUUGUCUGAACUUGCAUUGUGGUUGGCCGGUAGAGUUGCUGAGAGGGCUCGAGGGGUGGGCUGGUACCUCAGAAAGUGCCUGACACACUAACCAAGCUGAGUUUCCUAUGGGAACAAUUGAAGUAAACUUUUUGUUCUGGUCCUUUUUGGUCGAGGAGUUACAAUACAAAUGGAUUUUGGGAGUGACUCAAGAAGUGAAGAAUGCACAAGAAUGGAUCACAAGAUGGAAUUUAUCAAACUCUAGCCUUGCUUGUUAAACUUUUUUUUUUUUUUUUAAUAUCUGUAAUGGUACUGACUUUGCUUGCUUUGAAGUAGCUUUUUUUUUUUUUUUUUUUUUUUUUUUGCAGUAACUGUUAGUUUUUUAAGUCUCUCGUAGUGUUAAGUUAUAGUGAAUACUGCUACAGCAAUUUCUAAUUUUUAAGAAUCGAGUAAUGGUGUAGAACACUAAUUCAUAAUCACUCUAAUUGUAAUCUGAUAAAGUGUAACAUUGUGUAGCCUUUUUGUAUAAAAUAGACAAAUAGAAAUGGUCCAAUUAGUUUCCUUUUUAAUAUGCUUAAAAUAAGCAGGUGGAUCUAUUUCACGUUUUUGAUCAAAAACUUUAUUUGGGAUAUGUAUGGGUAGGUAAGUCAGUAAGAGGUGUUAUUUGGAACCUUGUUUUGGACAGUUUACCAGUUGCCUUUUAUCCCAAAGUUGUUGUAACCUGCUGUGAUACAAUGCUUCAAGAGAAAAUGCGGUUAUAAAAAUGGUUCAGAAUUAAACUUUUAAUUCAUUC